UUUAAUUUGACGAUUUUAGGGGUGUUUACUACAAAAUUUGGAACUAUCAGUAAUAUGAAGGUGCUGAGUUUUGCUUUAUUACUACUCUGGAUGUGUUGGGUAAAAUUAGAAGCAAAGGAAAACUCUAGAGUUAAAAUUGAUGAAAUAUGUUCAGCGGAAAUCCAGACACUACGCCAGGAGAUGUCAGCAUUGAGAGAAGAAGUUCUUCUCCAGAAAAAGGAAAUUAAACAACUCAAAAAUGAAGAACCACAAAAUCCAGAACAGAAAGAAAAUCGCCAGGAUGCGCAAAGUCCUCUUAGAACCCUUCAUGCAGCUUCAAAGCAGAAGAGAUUUCAACGAGAAAAUACAUUUUCCAGUGGGCAAUUCUCCGAUCAGCAUUACAAAUACAGAGGAAAACGAUGGUUAUUUGGUCAGGAACAAAACGUAUCACUUUCCACGAAGCGCCAAAUAGCUUUUCAUGCAAAUUCUCCAACGCACUUUAGACACCUUGCAGUUCGACAAACCUUAAUCUUUGGAAACGUCAUCCUAAAUGUAGGAAACUACUAUCGCCAUGUUACAGGAAUCUUUACCCCAGACGUCUCCGGUGUGUAUGUUUUUUAUGUGCAGCUAGUGAUGUGUGAUAGGAAUCGUAUUGUUCACACUGAACUUCUUGUAGAGGGUGUUCGCAAACGUGCCCACUUGGCAGGGGGCGUUCACUAUUGUUCAAAUGGAGGAGGAAUGACUAUCGUCCACGUAAAUGCCGGGGACUCCGUCUGGGUUCGACUCUCAACAACAGAUGGAAAUAACAACUUUGGUUAUGAGAGCAGUUUUUCUGGAUUUUUACUGUAUGAAGACUGAUACAAGGUAUACCUACAUGUGCUCUUAUAAAGAUGUUUCAUACUUGGGAAUAUCCGGGUUUCCGGUAUCAGCAUUAACGAUCACAAAUAACAACUGAGAACUUCAAGAUAAUUAAUUCCUAAUUUACAGGCCGUUGUUGUAUCUUAUCCAUAUUUAUUCCCUUUUAUUAAUAAUCAUAUGUAUACAUAUCCCUUUUAAUUUUCUAUUAUCAAUAUUUUUACUCUGCGCCUAUUAUAGGCCCCAUAUUUCUUUACUUGGGGAUUUAAACCUCUAGGAAGAAUUUUAUG